CUAUCAGGGAACACUGGAGAAUAUGUUACCAUUAAAAUUGAUCACACACCUAGACCGAGGAAGCGUCGAAAACGGGAAAUGACCCCUCCUCCUGAAGUGGAUGAGUCGGAGUCCUUGUUAAAGAACUGUUUCGUAUGUAUGGGGAAUGCUAGUACAACUGAUACAGAUGCUUGGGUAUCUCAAGCUAAGAUAGCACAUGAUACCAAUGUGACUGUGUCAGGGGAAAUCCGUCCAUCAAGUGCUACAACUAGUUUCAAAUCUCCUCGCCGGCCAACAAGUGGUCGUCCAGUCAGUGCCUUUAGUUCUGUGGACAGUUAUCGUAAUACAGAUAGUGGACUUGGAAUGAGUAGCCCAAGUAAGCUGGGCUCAAUCUAUGGAAGUGGUUAUCAUAUAGAAGGGAUUCCUGAUGUUGAAAAUGAAGAUGAUCUUGAUGAUGAAAUUCAGUCUAGCAAAUUGUUUGAUGACAGUUCUAAGCCUCACACACCAAGGCCAUCAGAUGUGGUGUGCUAUAUUGAUGAAAGUAUGACCAGUUACAGAAGCAGAGGGCCUGCAUUUUAUACCAACAAGCCAAAUACAGACAGCCAAAGCAGACACCAAGAUGGUGACAGCCAGCUUAUCUAUGACACAAAAUCUGUAGGUCGUUCAGAUGAUGAGGAUUCUUCAUUUUCAGAAUUCCCAAGAUCAGAGACCCCUGAUUCUGAGACCUCAUUAGAUCUGACUGCAAUCCAGGACUUGGAUGAAUAUGCUGAUGUUGUAGUCGCUACAGCCCUUAAGUAUUCCUUUGCCUCUGCAAUUGGCAAAGACCCAGCUCGCAUUGCUCAACUGCCUCAAAUCAAAAAGCUUUUCCCAAGUGAGCGCUACAUUGACACUACAAGGGAGAAAUUGAAGGAAAUCUAUCUGGAUGCAAAACCAGUGCCAUUUUUACACCAGACGCCAAAACAGCAAGAUACCAUGGGCAAUUCUGAGAACACUGUUAGCAACAACAAAUUGGCUUCACCUCCAGCACAAUCAAUAAAUGCCAAAGAGGAUAAAGCAAAGAAGCCUGUGAAAACUAAAGAUGGUGGUUAUGACAGUGAGGAUUCUCUCUUAGGCAGUGAUGAUGACUAUGAAGAGUCUGAUACCAUGUUCAGAAAGCACAAAAAGCAGAAGUCCUUUGGUUUGAAUACUAAGAAAGGCAUUGAGGAAUUUAGGAAGUUUUUGAAGGGAACCCAAGGUGAAAAGAACUUAAAUCUGUGGCUGGAUAUAGACAGGGGGAGACUGCUACCUAUAGAUGAUCAAGAGGAAAUACAGAUGUACCUGGCUGCCAUGAGAGAACGGUACUUCAAGCAUGGUUCUGUGAUGGAGCUGUCACAAGCUGUCAAGCUAGCACUCAAGCUCACAAGACCAGAGUGCUGGACACUGGAAAAACUAUUCUCUGUCCAGGAGAAGAUUGCUGAACCUUUGGUGUGCUACUGGGCACCAAGGUUCCUCCUGAAGCAAACUGUGAAGUAUCACCCAGAGAAGAACAAAUUAUAUCAUCAUCAAAAACUGCUACAGCCAGUCCCCAAUGUUCCAUAUCCCAACCCCCCAACUAUGACACUGCUGCCCUUGAGACCCAAGUCCUGUGCACCCAGGUGUAAGCCAGUGGAGACAACUUCCACUGCCCCUCCACAGCCAGUUGAAAAUGUGCCAAGUGUCCCUCCUGUCCAGUCAACCACAUCACCUCUCGUUGGCUUAAAGCGAGUCUACUCCAUUCCUGAGCAUUUUCAACCUUACAUACCAAGUAUUAGCAAGGCCAAAAAGGAUCUAGUGAACUCUAAAGAGAUACAGGAAGCAUCUGAAAAGAAAUCGAAGAAGAAAGAGCUGAUUACACCAACUUUGGUACUUGAUUCUGGGAGGCCUGACAGUGCAAUUUCUGAGAGAUCUUCACUUCCUUCAAGACCAAAAACAGCUCGCUCGUCAAAUUGGGAAACACAGUCAAAUGCCUCAGACAAAUCAACAAAGAGACCCAAAUCAGCUGACACCUCUUCUAAAAAGUCAACUCAUGAUCAGAGCAGAAGAAGCAGCACCAGUUCCAUUUUUGAAGGUGGGAGACGCAUGGAAGGACUUCUCCAGGCACUGAACUGUGAGAAGCAGGCUGGCAUGUUCCUGAAACGAUACUUAGAAAAAUCUGGAAAUCAGCUCUGGAUCAACUGCAUUAGUUUCUGGAAGGAGGUACAGGAGUAUCACCAGACAUUUUAUGAAGAUGUAAUAGAUCCUUUUGCUUUAUCCAAGAAAGCACAACACCUUAAUUCUCAGUUUAUUGUGGAGGGGUCCCCAUUUAACAUCGGUUGCAACAGUGACAUGAGGAAGCAAAUUAAUCGUCAGAUUGACCCACCAUUUGAAGAACUUUUUGAUGCAGCAGAAGAAUAUGUGCUUCAUGUUUUGUAUGUGGCCUGGAUGCAGAUGAAAGUGAAUGAUCAGGAGACAUAUAAGAAAAUUGAGCUCAUAGAGGUCAAGAGACAGCUGGAGACAAGAUCCAAGUAUGUGAUAACAUUACAGAAGAGAGGGCUGAUCAGAGAGUUUGAAAAAUCUGCAUAUGAAAAGGAAUUAGUUGAUGAAGAACCAACAGAGGGAUACCAGGACCCAGUGUAUGAUGAAUCAUUGUGGGAAAAAAUCCCAGAAGAAUUCAGGGAUUUUUCACUUUCAAACUUGGUAUACAACCGAGUUGAACUAGAGGAGUUUCGCCUCUUUCUCAGUGAUAACUAUGCAAGUGUUGAUUUGAUGUGCUGGAUUGACAUGGAGGCUUUCAGGAGGAUACCCCAUGAAGACACCAAGAGGAGGGAUAUGAAGGCCAAGGAGAUCAAAACUAAAUACCUUACCAAGAAGUAUUUCUUUGGUCCAAAUAGUCCAGCUGGGAAGGAGGGACAAAAUAAGAUUAUGGAGUCUUGUGGGGGAUGGGGCAAGCUGUUAGAGGACAGGCCCCCCAAUGAGCUUGUCUUAGAGGCACAAAAAUACGUUCAAGACAGACUGGAGAAAAAAUGGCUGCCAAUGUUUCUGGCAACAGAAGAGUUUGCAGAUCGUCAGCGUCCACAGUCCAGCAUGAGUGAUGUGGUGGAUGAUGUCAUGUCACAGAGGAAGAAGAAAAACCAAGCUGUCUGGAAGAUGCUAGAAAGCAAAUGGGUUUCCUCCUCAAAAGAAAUCAUAGGCUUCCGCAAGGCUCUAUUGAACCCAGUCACUUGUCUGCAGUUUAGAAAGUUUGUUUCUCUGAAGGGAGAGUUCCUAGAAAAUGAUGUGCUUUUCUGGUUGGAGGUGCAAAAAUAUAAGGACAUGUAUCAUGUGCACAUGGACGAUUCUUUGAUCCAGCAAAAGAUUUCGACAAUCAUCAAUUGUUUCCUGGACUCCCAGAUUCCUCCAAGCAUUCAGAUAGAUGUCCCCACAGAGCAAGCUGAGAGGAUAUUGGAACGUAGGAGGGAGCUGGGGCCAUACAUCUUUAGGGAAACACAGUUGACUGUGUUUAGGGUUCUUUUCCAACACUGGCCAGAUUUCCAGAACUACAGAAGCAAUAUCUCAGAGAGUAAACUGGUGCCUACAUUGGACAGGCUGAAAAAGAGGGCAAGAGCCAAAGAAAUGAAGAAACAACGAGAGUUAGAAGAAUUGAAAGAAAAGGAGGCUGCAAGACGGAGAGCACUGGGUCUGCCCCCAGAAGGUGAAGAGGGUGAGGAUGAUGAAGAGGAGGCAUACGAUCCAUUUGCUUCAUUGAAGCCCAAAGGGAAAGAUGAAGGGGAGGAAGAAGCAGUUGAGAGGGAUAAUGGCAAAGUGUCCUGGACAUACUCACAAUACAUGUCUGCCUUUGCAGAGGAGGAUGUUCUCAAUAACACAGAUGAGAGUACCUUCAGUUCCCUUGCUGAUGCAGCUUCACUCCUUGAUGUCAGUUUGUUUGGUGACAGUGACAAGGAUUCUAGAAAAAAGAAGACCAGGAAGGAAUCAGUUGACAAGAGCCAGCAGACUGACCAAGAGAAAGCCAAACUUCCACCCAGUGGCAGUGAGGGAGCUACAGGGUCAAAGCCCGGCAGUGCCAGACCAGGAUCCAGGCCAGCCAGUGGCCAGGCAGCAGGCAAACCACAGGGACAGACAGCAGAACACACCCCCUCCCCUCCAGGUAGCAGACCCACCAGCAGCAGUCGCAAGGCCAGGGUGAUGUCACCCAAGGAGAGAGAGCCUGCCGUCAAAUCUGUGACUUACAUAGAAGAAAAACAGAAAGUCAGGCUGGGAAGAACAAUACCACCCCUGGUCAGGAAAUAGGGUGUGUUGUUCUGUUAAAGACUGGGGUCAUACUGUAGUAUUUUAGAUAAAAAUACAGACUUACUGGUAGAUUUUUAUUUUCCUAUGAAGUAUGUAAGUAAAGUUGACUUUUUUCUCUGUCUUAAGCAACAGUUUUUGAUCCCAAUCCCAUAAAUUCAUUUCUUUACAUACAUUUAAGUCAGUUAUUUACCUCUACUUUUAUAUAAUACAGUGUAUUUUUAUGAAUGAGGUGUUUUGAUAUAUAUUUAUAUGCAAGAGAGAAACUAAAAACAUGCAGGGUGAGUUGAAUGUGUCAAUUAAGAAAAAUUAUCAGUUUUCUGUCAAAUCCAUAUUUGAAUUCACUUUGUAUCCAUAUUUGUAUCCAUAAUAUUUAUGAUUUGGACAUCUAGUUUGCAAAGCCAUAAAUGUGAUAACUCAUAUACAGAAAUCAUUUAGAGUCAACAGUUUCACCCUGUGAUAAACAAACCUGAUUAUGCCAUAUAAUGUAUUUUUGUACUUGAUGGCGAGGUACACUUAUCAUUCCCAUCUGUCUUUGUGAUAUGAUGAAUAUAAUUGGUUAUAUAUGUAUAUGCUUGAUUGGGUGGGAUAAAUGACUAGUAAUUUCCCUAAUUUGCAGUUUUUGUUUAGGGAGGAAGGUUACACACUUAUGCUUAAGAACAGUGAAAUAAACAAUUAACAACUAAUUGCAAAAAGAAAUGUUAUAUGUGCCAAUGAAAGCAAAGUUUUUAUGCAAGAGUUCAGCAGUUAUGAAGGUAUUUUUGUGAGAGGGAAGCUGUGCUGUUGUUAAAAGGGUAUGUUUUGUGGUAUAAUUCUAGAUUAUGAGGUCUCAUUGUGAAGGGUAGCAACACAGUAUUAACAUGGUAUUUAUAUCAAAGUUUUAGCUUACUUAGGGUAAUUUUUAUAAUUUUGCUGACAAUCUGAAUGAAUAUGUGUAGUGUUGGUAAUACUAUGAAUGUGGUUCAAUUUUAUUUUUAUAUUUACUUAUUUAGCUUGUGAAAGUAUUUCAAAAGUAUAUUUAAAAAAAGUUUUGUUUUUUUUUUUUGGGGGGAGGGGGGUAAGGCAAGUUAUGUAUUUAUCUUAGUUUUACCAACCAUGCUUUUAAAAAGUUCGCCAAGAAUUUUUAUCUAUUUUCCAUAUACUCCUAGUAGCUGAUACUCUCUGUAGAAAGGAUGCUUGAUCUACACAUAUUUCCCAUAUAUGCACAACAUUUAUAUAUUGUACAUUUUCUACGCACCUGAAGUAAAUUACCAUAUUAUUGCCAUUUUUACUGAAUGAAGCUUCGGACGCAGGUUUUAUUUUUAUACAUUUUUUCUAGUCUCCAUGUUACAUAAUUAAGUAGCUCAAGGCCUUGUUGUCUGACAACUUGACCAACAUCGGUGAAAAACUGCUGAAUGUAUAAAGAAUUUUGUAGUGCUAAUAAAAGUAAUUUUUAC